CUCCUCGGUCGCUGAUUGGCUACUUCGCUGAACGGCUGCCGCCCAAAUAAGUCCCGGUCCCACUCGCUCUACGGCAAGGAAAUCUCGCCGUUUGCGAGCAAAACCACCAUCGAACGGCGGUCCACGUGCGGCGUGCGGCGAUUUGCCGUGCCGUUAACGUGGACAGGCCUUUGCCUGCAUGCGUCACGUAAUGAGAACUCCGUACGAGGAGCACAAGCGCAACGCUAAACCUUGCUAUCGCUGUCAGUGCUACGCCCUUCGGGCGAAACUAACUGAUCUAUUACCGCUAACUACAAACUAGCAAACAUACCGAUUACAUUUAGGUCAUAAGCAGUUACGGUAGCACAACAAAACAGCAAGCAAGCAAGCAGUUAGGUUGUUCCACAACUUUACGAUCAAGUAAGCAUGGACUGUGUCGCGGCUCCCUAGCUCAGGAGCAGAGCAAAGUGGGACCCUUUGGUGGCGCGGCCGAUAGGGAACUUCUUCAAGCGAUUCGUACCGGUAGCAAUCUGUUCGAGCUUUUCAAAGGACUACAUCCGCUAUCAAUCGCAUCUUGUGGGCGGAUCUUCUGUUGUUUGGCUGGCGCUGGGCUGGCCACAACGCCAUGUGUCAAAGUGCUCUGGUGGAGGUGUUUGUGAAGCUGCUAGUCGACAGCUCUGUGCUCUGUGUCUUGAGUACCGGUGGUGCAAAGUACUGCCUCGGAUACCUGGCCGCUUUGAAAUGGCAAAACUUCCAGGUGUCGCACUGUCUUGCUGCGGUUUUACUCAGCGGUUUCUGCCUGUUUUGGAGGGCGUCGUCAUCAUCAUCAGCAGCUGCAGCAGCAGCGUCACAAAGGAGCUCCGAAAGCAUGAUGACAAACGGAAUUCAGUAUUGCUGAACAGCCUGCGUCUUCACGACGACGAGGUACUCGCAGUCUUGUGCAGCGUGGCGGCCAUUGUGUCCAUCACACUGAUCGUCGUGGUGGCCGUCCUGGCUGCUACGGGAAUCGUGAGCGUCAAUAUACGCUCCAACCGGGCCUUGCCGCAAAGGAGCGUGCUUAAUCACUCCGCGGACCAUUCGGCCGACAAGAAUGCGGUCGAACAAGACGGCGCCAAGACGCAGCACCACGAGCCAUCCAAGGGAAGCUCCUCGGCGUCGGCGGGGCUCAGCGUCCAACAACGCGCGCCUCAAAGCUAUCGCCGUAAAUUCGGCCACUGAGCGUCGAUGCCAUCCUGGCACCAUGCAACAACCACCAUGGGCGGACAACCACAAUAAAAUCCCAUUCACCAGAACAGUGGCA